UGCCAGCUGUUUGGUUGACACAUGUCAGUUAGACAGGAUCAAGUCAAGAAUUUUUGGAUAUUAAAAAACAUGUUAACAUAUUAAAUAAUUUUAUUUUAGAAAAAUAAUAAAUAUUAUUAAGAAAGGAUCUCAUUAAGCUUAACAAUGUCUGAUGAUGCAGAGCAACAGGCUGAAGAGAUAGAAGUUCUUAAAUCAAUUUAUGAAGGAGAUGAAAAUUUUAAACAAGUUGAUGCAAAAUCUUACCAGUACAAGUAUAUAGAGGGAGAUAAGUCGUUCAUAUUAGAAAUAUUAUGGGGACCCACAUAUCCCACAGAGAAGCCAAGUUUUAAUUUAGAAAUAUUUUAUAAUCAAAGUUUAUUACCUUCGGUAAAAGAUAAAAUACUUUCUAUAGUAAAUGCAGAAGCUGAUCAAUGGGUGGGAUGUGCAAUGACUUAUACCUUGUUUGAAUGUCUCAAAGAAAAGGUUUCAGAAAUCUUAGCUGAACAAAUGGAGGAGGCUGUUGUUGCGAGAGUCGAAAAAAUUGCUAUUACAGAACAGACUGAAUCAAAGAAACCUGAGAAAAAGGAACAGAUGAGUAAAGCACAGAAACGUCGGGCGUGGGACCGCGCGGAGAUCGGGCGCGCGGGCGAGCGGCCGCGCGGCUGGGACUGGGUCGACAUCGUCAAACACCUCUCGCAGGCGCCCCACCAGCCCUCUUGACACUGAAUACACUGUAUACUCGUGGUUGAUAUAUCAUUUCCGACUAUAAAUGACAUACGAUCGAACUAUUGGUUGCCUGCGAUCUGUAUAAAUACAAGAUCUUAAAUUAAAAUAAAUAAAGCCUUCAAACGUUUAAUAA